AUGUCGGGAGAUCGCUCUUGGAUGUACCGUCGAUUACAUAAUAGAUUCAUUACAGCUGAAUUUGUAAAUGGAGUUACUGAAUUUAUUAAUUUCGCAUGUUCGAUGACUACAUUUAUGUGGAAGAAUAAAAUUAGAUGCCCUUGCACACGAUCUAGUAACAACAAGUUCUUAGAUAAAGAUAAAGUCACAGAACACCUCCUAAACCGUGGCUUUACUAGGGCUUACACAAUUUGGAGUUUACAUGGGGAAGAUCGUGUUGGACAAUCAUCAAGAAGUAGAUCUAGAGUUGAACCAUCCCUUAGAUUUGAGGGAGAUGCUGCUUUUCGAGAACCUAUCUAUGAAGAUGAAAUAGAAAAUCCAUAUACUAGAAUGGUUAGGGAUGUUAUGCGUCCCGAAGUUACUUUCAACCAUGGUUCUGAAAAUGAGUCUAGCUUUGUGGAAGAAGAUCCCAAUCCAAAUGCAUCUUCCUUUUACUCUUUGUUAAGCAAUGUAGAGGAACCUUUGUGGGUAGGUUGCACAAAGCACACAACACUUUCAGCUGUGUCGCAACUGUUAAAUGUUAAGGCGGAGUACAAUUUGAGUGAAUCAUGUUUUGAUCAACUGUUGGAGAUAAUAAAGAAUAUGUUGCCAUCUGAUGAGAAUUUACUUAUCGACUUUUAUAGAAUGAAGAAGAAGGUAGCAAAGCUUGGUUUCGGAUAUAUCAAAAUUGAUGCUUGUAAGAACAAUUGCAUGUUAUUUUAUGAGCGACUCGCUACAUUUGAGCAUUGUCAGGUAUGUGGACAUCCUCGGUAUAAACAGAGGAAUUCAAGUGUGAGAAGGCAUAAGAAAAUUCCUUACAAGAUUUUGCGUUACUUGCCACUUAUAUCGAGGCUUCAAAGGCUUUAUAUGUCAUGUAAAACUGCUGAACAUAUGACGUGGCAUGCGCAACACCACAGUGAUGAUGGACUCCUUAGACACCCUGUUGAUGGUGAGGCUUGGCAACACUUCAAUCACACACAUGAAUUCUUUGCAAUGGAACCUCGAAAAUGUAAGACUCGGGUUAUGUGCUGA